GCUCACAGACUUAUAAUCUUGAAAAACAGAGUGGAACUGGCCCAGUUUCAAAACUCUGCCCCCCAGUAUCUGACUCUUUCUGCAGACUUCUGGAAGGCCUUGUCCUCUCUGCCUCUUACCUACGACUACUCAGCCUACCGCCAGGUGCUAAAGACCUUUGGCACUCACUACAUGUCAGAGGGUUCACUCGGAGGCGAAUACCAAGGCUUGUUGGAAUUGGACCUUCAAUCUCACUCAUCCCACAGUGUGACAGAUAUUGAAUAUCAGAGAUGUUGGAAGAAAGUGAAGCGCUUCCUCUUCUUUAAAAAAACCAAAAUCACAUGUGAGAAACUAAAGAAACAUCUGGAAUCCAGUGCUAAAAGCCAUUCGAACAAGAUGCCCAUUAAGGUCAAUAUUGUUGGAGGAGAUCCCAGUUUCAUUGGUGCUCUAUCUGUUGUGGAUCUACAGAAUCCAGAAGCUAAUGGAGAAAUCUAUAAUGACUGGGCCUCAUCUGUCAAAGACUUCCCUAACGUGAUAAAUCAGAAGCUUCGUCCCCUGUAUGAGCUGGUGAAAGAGGUUCAGUGCUCAGGGUUAAAAAAACUCUACCUGAAGCAAGCGACAGAGGAGUACCUGGCUGAGGAGCAUCCCUGCCACUGCAGGCCCUGCAUGAAUAACGGCCAGCCGCUGCUGACAGGCACGGAGUGUCGCUGCAUCUGCAGACCUGGAACAUCAGGGCCGGCCUGUGAGAGGGGAGCUGAGACUGGACGACAGCCAGGGGUGAUCCAUGGCAGCUGGAGUUGCUGGUCAUCCUGGAGUUCUUGCUCUGAAGGGCAAAGGUCAAGAACCCGCGGCUGCAACAACCCUGCCCCUAGAGGAGGUGGCCAGCACUGCAUCGGGGAGCAGAGGGAACAGAAACCGUGUGAAGAACCAAAUAUCCAAUAUUUACAGAUGAUUGAGCCUCAGUGCUUUGGGCUUUCUAUAACUCCACCAAAAAGGUGUGGACUUCCUCCAAACCUGAAGAAUGGAUUCAUUGAGAAUCCUGAAGAAUUUUACAUGGUUGGAAGCAGAGUCCAAUACUCCUGCAUAGAGGACUAUUAUCUCAUGGGAAGUGCCAUUUCUACAUGUGGCGAAAACCAGAAAUGGAGCACAGAAGCGAGGGUUUGUAAAAGUUCCAAGUGUGGAACUCCUACAAUCCACAGCUCAGUUGAAGCCACGCCCUUCAAGGAGGUCUAUCUAGUUGGAGACAGAGUGUCGCUGUCCUGUCCCGCAGGGUCGGUGCUGGACGGUCAGGUCUCUGAGAUCAUGUGCAGUUCCAGUCUGCAGUGGUCUCCAUCUCCUGAUCAUAUUCAAUGUGUAACAGUGUUAACAGCUCGUCCUCCACCAGCUGGUCUGAAGUGUAAACCAUGGGAGAAGAUUGGAAAGACUGAGUGUGUCUGUAAAAUGCCUCCUGAAUGCCAAUCAUCUGUGCAGUUCUGCUCCAGGGUCGGUCCCAGAAAUCUGUUAUUGGGAGUUUGUCAGCUGGGGGCUUUGAGGUGUUUGGGGCGGAGCAUCACGCCGACUGGGCCUGCUGACUGUGACAGACCUGAUGAGACGUUCAGCUCAUGUGACGACUGCAAACCAGGGACAAUCUGUCAAGAAUCCCAGCGAAAAUGCGUCUGUCAGAGUCCGUCAGAUUGCCCUGAAGACUCCGCCCCCCUGUGCGUCAGCCCCGGCGAGGAUGGCGCCGCAGUGACCAUGACAGAGUGCGAGGUGGGGAGCAGGAUGUGUGCUGGCGAGGCCUUCCGUCUGAUCAGCCUGGACGCUUGUCCAAGUUAAACACAGACAUGUUUUAACUCUUCCUGGUCAUCUGUAAAUAUUUCACCUUUUUUUUACUUUCUGAACUGUAAAAAGAAAUGAUUUGUACACUAACAAUGAAACCUCAUGAGUUGCUAUUUUAGGGUUGGAUUGAAGAUGAAAUCAAUUAACAUAUUUAGCUGCUUUCUGGAUUUCAAGCUAUCAGUUUUAUAAACCUCAAAUCAUUAUAUUAGAAUAUUAUUAUCCCUUAUUUUUAUUAAAUUCAUAAAAUUAAAUAGAAGAUUGAAUUAUCUAUUGUUCUUUUCAUAAUUAAUGGUGUGUUUACAGUAUUUUUUUUAAAUAAAACUUAAAUCUAUGUAUUUCA